AUGGAGAUAAAGGGAAUUGUUGAGAUUGUACAGGAAGUUGUUGUGGAUAAGGUUGAGGCUGUUGUGGCAAUUGUUGGAGCACCAUUUGUUGUUGCUGAAGUUGUUGCUGUUGUAGUUGUUGUUGUAGUUGUUGGAGUGGAAGUUGGGGUAUUUGGGGAAAUACUGGAGACAUUGGCAUUGGUGAUCCCAUAG